GUCCAGUGUUAUUGGGAAGUGGUUGCAGAUUUUCUCAUAGGAAUCCUCCACUGUGUUGCAUUCAGAAUUUUUAAAAUUUAUCAAUAGAAAAUGGAUGAACAAGCCUGCCCUCGAUGCAAAACCACGAAAUAUCGAAAUCCUUCGUUGAAGUUGAUGGUGAACGUGUGCGGACACACUUUGUGUGAGAGUUGCGUGGAUCUACUAUUUUUGAAAGGAUCUGGCUCUUGUCCCGAAUGCAAUGUUCCCUUACGGCGAAGCAACUUCCGUGUGCAGAUGUUCGAUGACCCAAUGGUGGAAAAAGAAAUUGAUAUCAGGAAAAGGAUUCUCAGAGAUUACAACAAAAAGGAAGAAGAUUUCGAAACCCUCCAAGAAUACAAUGACUACCUGGAAGAAAUCGAGUGUAUCGUCUACAACCUUUGCAAUAACAUUGAUUUACUUAAUACUAACAAGAAAAUUGAGCAAUACAAAAAGGAAAAUCGCGAAGUGAUAAUGCGGAAUAAAACAAAAAUUGGCCGAGAGGAAUAUGAGCUGGAGGAAAUGUUGGAGAUAGAGAAGCAACAAGAGGAGCUGAGACGAAUAGAAUUGCAGGAAAUUGAACAGGAAAAUAAAAAGAAGAAAAUCAGGGAGAAAGAAGCUUUAAUCGAUGAAUUGAUGUCUAGUCACGAAGAUGCUUCUAAAAUUGUCAGUGCAUUUGCCGAGCAAGCUGAGAAAACACGUGAAGAAGCAAAGACCAUUCCAGCUGUUAAGCGAAGUGAAUUCUCGACUGGAAUCAAAUUCGGACGUGGCACUCAGCAGGGAUUCCUCCCAGUUCCAAAAAUGGAAGAAGGUCCACUGUAUAAUUAUGUUGCACCGAAAUUAUGGUUUGAUGGUCCCCCAAUUCCAUCCGCCCCGGAAAUCGAGGGUAAGGGUUAUGUGCAACAUAUUCGCGGGGAGUUGCCUGCUGAACGAGCCGGUGGAUAUCGAUCAGUGAUUGCUUGUCAGCGAGCUCUGCAGGAAGCACUGCAAGGACUUUAUCAUGGAAGUUGAAGAGAAGAUGGAGGGGUUGUACCAUAGAAAUGUUUCAGGUUAAUAUUUUUCAAAGUUUAAUAAAGUGAAAAUAAUCUCAA